AUGGAAUCAUCCCUCAGAAAAGAAAACCUGAAAGAUAAAAUAAUUGGGAAAGAGGCUCCCAAAAUCGUUGAAUUAUUGCGAGGCAAAAAUCGGAGAGAUUUUAUUCCUCAUUGCGAUUUAGGAAAUUAUAUAGUGCUAAUUAAUGCCAAGCAUGUUGCUUUUUCUGGUAAUAAUAAGUUAGACAAUAAAAAAUAUCGAAACCAUUCAGGAUACCCCGGCGGACUGCGAGAAAGAACUCUCCGAGAAAUGCUAGAAAAAUAUCCUCGAACCGGUCGAGCCCGUUCUGGUUCCAUUCGUAACCCUCAAUUUCGAGGCGGGGGAGUGGCUUUUGGACCAACCGGAGAAGAAAAUUAUUCUCUUAGCAUUAAUAAAAAAAUGAAAAAAAAAGUUCUGCAAUCAAUUUUGAGCGAGAAAAUGCGGGAUAAAAAAAUAAUCGUGGUGGAAAAAAUAAAUCUAGAUAACUACAAGACCAAAGCAGCAACUCGAUUUUUAGACAUUUUACCUACUAAAAAAAACAAACUUCUGCUUGUUUUGGCUAAUAAUGAAGAAAACAAAAAAGAAAUAAUCUACUCUUUUCGUAAUCUUCCUUAUGUAAGUAUCACCGAUAGCAAAUUAAUGAAUACUUCUCAAAUGCUAUCUCCUAAUUAUCUUUUGUUUACUCACACUGCUUUUGCCGAAACUGAAAAAAGUUUCUAUCGCCAAAAAGUUCAAAGCAAAAACAAAAAAGAGCGAGCCGGGGUGCUGGAUAAAUACCUAAUUCCGGUUUUUGCCAUAGUGCGAGAAGUUAUUCAACGCCGAACCGGCCUUUUGCUUUUCCCUACUCAAAUUUUUGGUGCAAUUGUUCUCCACCAUGCUAAUAUCGCCCAAAUGAAUACAGGGGAAGGAAAAACCCUCACCGCUUUUUUGCCGAUUUGCCUUAAUUCCUUAGCCGGGAGAAGCGUUUUUGUAAUCACGGUUAAUGAUUCCGGAGUUAACUUAAAUAAUAUUUCUACGGAAGAAAAACAACAAUUAUAUAAUAAUUGUUCGGUUAUCUACACUACUGGUAGCGAACUAGGUUUUGAUUAUCUGCGAAAUAAUUUAGUAACCAGCAUCCAAGACAAAAGAAAACAAGAUUAUUAUUAUGCUAUUAUUGAUGAAGUAGACUCACUUUUGCUGGAUGAAGGCAUGAACCCCCUAAUUAUUUCCCAAAGAGCCCAAGGAAGUUCAGUUAUUAAUCCAGCCGAAUAUCAAUUAGCAACCAAAAUUGUUAAUGUUUUAAAAGAAAAAGAAGAUUACAAAGUAGACCAAAAAGAAAGAGAGGUUUGGUUCACCAAAAAAGGAAUAAAGAAAUGCGAAGAAUUUUAUCAAGUAGACAAUCUUUUCGCUUUCAAAAACCACCGUUACAACUUUUUACUUCAUAAUGCUCUAAAAGUCAAGCACCUUUAUCACCGGGAUAUCGAUUAUAUUACCGACCGAGAGGGAAACCGAAUAGUUUUAAUUGAUGCUUUAACGGGUCGAUUGGUACCUAAUCGGGUUUAUAGUUCGGGAAUUCACCAAGCAAUCGAAAGCAAAGAAAAUUUGGCAGUUAGCACUAAAAGCAAAACCAUCGCGACCAUUACUUAUCAGAAUUUUUUCCGCCUCUUCGAUAAAUUAUCGGGAAUGACCGGAACAGCCAAAAGCGAAGCCGAGGAAUUUCGCCAAGUUUACGGAAUGGAAGUUAUUACUGUUCCUCCCUAUCGCAAACUAAUCCGAAAAGACCGCGAUGACCUAAUUUUUUGGGACAAGGAAAGCAAAUACAGAGCAAUUAUCAAACUAAUUAAAAAAAACAACCAAACUACCAAAAGGCCGAUUUUAAUUGGUUCUCCUAGUGUAGAAACUUCGGAAUAUUUGUCUUCCUUAUUAGUGGAGGAGAAAAUAGUUCAUUAUAAAUUAAAUGCGGUUAACCAUCAACAAGAAGCCGAAAUAGUGGCCCAAGCCGGACAAGUGGGGUCGAUUACUAUUUCAACUAACAUGGCAGGACGAGGAACCGAUAUUGUUUUGAGUGGAGAAAGCAAAAAAGCGGGGGGGCUUCUGGUAAUUGGGGUGGAAAGAAACACCAGCCGACGAAUCGAUAACCAAUUACGGGGUCGUUCGGGACGACAAGGCGAUCCUGGCGAAAGCCAGUUUUACGUUUCUUUGGAGGAUGAAUUAAUAAAAAACUUUGAAAUUAAAGAAAGGAUAAGCAGUUUUUUUAGCCGUAAACAAUUAAAAGACCUUUUUAACCGACCUUUGAGUGGUAAACUGCUUAAUUAUCUUAUCUCUGAACCCCAAGAAACUUUGCGUAGUUUUCAGUCUACCAAUCGGCAAUACGUUCUUAAUUAUGACCUCUUAAUUACUCGGCAAAGACGCUCCGUUUAUAACUACCGCAACAAAUUAUUGAGCGCACAGAACCUAACCCAAGUAGUAAAAAAGAAAAGCAAAACCAAAACUGAAAUAGUUCCGAUAGAGCAAGAGUAUUUAAAGGCUCGAUUAGUGAAAGAAAUUGACCAUUUUUGA